AUAUAAGGAGUGGUCAUGGCGAUAUACAGUAUUGAUGCACUGCCCUUGUGUCCCUGCCAGGGUGCGGAGGCAGCCAAUGUCACUGGCCCCGGUGGCGUUCCCGUUAAAGGAAGCAGAUUUGCCCCCAACAGGCGGAGGUUCCGUCGGCGCUUCUACCGGCCUAGAGGAGACAAUGCCGAGUCUAGUGGUGAAGGCGUGAGCCCUGAUCAAGUGAGUGAAGGGGAACGGGCAGACGAUGGGUCCCCCCAGCAGAGACCCCCACAGCGCCGCCGUCCUCCUCCAUUCUUCUACAGGCGACGCUUUGGAAGGGGUCCGAGACCACCAGCUCAGCAGGCUCCUGGUGCCGAGAACGCGGAGGCCAAAGACCAAGCCGCAUCUGACGGCGCACAGAACGGAGAUGAUCAGCAGAGGCCCACUCCUCGCAGGUUCCGGCCCAGAUUCCGCAGACCUUUUCGCCCUCGGCCUCCACCUCAGCAGACCACCUCAGAAGGAGGGAACGGCGAUGGCAAAACCGUAUCUGACGCAGCCACCCCACGUCAAGCCCCACAGCAGCAGCGCAGUCGCCCUUACUUCCAGCGACGCAGGCGGCCAGGAGCAGCCCCGGGACAAGCGGCUGCCCAGGGUGAUGGAAAAACCCCUGCUGAGCCCCCACAAGGCUCCACUGCAGAAGAGGCUGCCAGCAAACCACCCGACUCCCCCACAGGGGCAGGCGAAGCGCCCGUCCAGGCGUCUGCUCCGAGCCCUGUGGCAGCCCCGGCAGUCGAGUGAUGCCUUAUAAGGUACAGCAAUGUCUGUCUCGUCUUGCAGCAGCACAUACACGGGGAUCACAGUGACACUGCGUGACAUGGCGCGAGGCUGACAGCGCCCCCUAUUACACUGUUUGGGACUUUGUUGCACUUGUUUGGGUUUUCUUCAUUGCACUUACUUGUGUUGCUAGUAAAGAUGGAAGAGCA